AGAUAUGCAUCUCAUCUUCCUACUUUUCCUAGCUCCUUUCUGCUCUGCAGCGGUCUUCCAGCUCCCCACCAAAAGCACCGGCUCCCUCCGUGCCAAGCUCAUCCGAGCCGGAAAAUACCAAGAAUUCCUGAUUACUCAGCAUGCUGCCCGACUUAACACAAUAUCCCAACCAAUAUCCGACUAUUCCGAUGAAGUAUACCUCGGUAACUUCACUGUGGGGACCCCUCCGCAACCUGUCAGCCUGGUCCUUGACACUGGAUCUGCCAACAUGUGGGUCAUCGAUGCAUCCUGUGAUAACAUGUUUUGUAACGGAUGGAUCGGAUCCAACUACACCCGACAGAAGUUUGAUACCUCGAAAUCUUCAAGCUUUUCUAGAGAAAAUCGAAAGUUUUCUAUCCAAUACGGCAAAGGAUUGUGCAGUGGGUACCUGGGUACAGACACUGUCGGGCUUGGCGGGGGGCUUACAAUCCGGAAACAAGAGCUCGGAAUUGCUAACAAGCUUGAUGUGGACUUUGCAGUUCAGCCGAUGGAUGGGAUAUUUGGGCUUGCAUGGCCAGCCCUAGCCGUAGAUCAAAUCACCCCGCCAAUGCAGAACCUGAUCUCCCAGCUUGACGUUCCGGUGUUCAGUGUCUGGUUGGAUCGGAAGAUUCAGGCAUCACAUGGAGGAUCGGCUGGGAUGAUUACCUACGGGGGAAUUGAUACGAAGAACUGUGAUGCUGGGGUCACUUAUGUUCCGCUGACUGCGAAGACGUAUUGGCAGUUUAAGAUGGAUGGGUUUGCGGUUGGGACUUAUAGUCAGUAUGGGUACAAUCAGGUAAUUUCCGACACGGGUUCCUCCUGGAUCAGUGCACCAUAUGCCAUGAUAAACGACAUUGCUACCCAGACACAUGCCACGUGGGAUGAAAUGAAUGAAAUCUACACCGUCAAAUGCUCCACCAUGAAAACACAACCUGACCUGGUUUUUACCAUCGGGGGAGCCCUAUUUCCUGUAAAAUCUGUCGAAUAUAUUCUUGAUAUUGGACUUGAUGAAGGAAAAUGUGCUCUCGCAAUUUCACCACUGAUGGCUUCCGGAUUCGGUCCUUCAUGGAUUUUGGGAGACGUUUUUAUUCGGCAAUAUUGUAAUAUUUAUGACAUUGGAAAUGCUAGAAUCGGAUUUGCAAAUGCUCAUCACAGCUUCUAAAAUGUUAUUUUCUUGAAUAAAAUAUGUUUU